AUGAGAGGACUGAUCGCCCGGGCGGGUCGACACGCACUGCACAAUAGCCGUGCGUUGUCCUCGAGCGUGCAUAGUCGUGUGACGAUCAUUGGGUCCGACGAUGCGUACGCGAAGAUUACAACGGAGGGACCGGGACGCCGAGCGGUCGUGUACUUUACUGCCAAGUGGUGUCCGCCCUGCAAGAUGAUUGGUCCUAUCUUUGAUGAGCUGAGUGCCCAGUACAAAGACAUUGACUUUGCCAAGCUGGACGUCGACGAGCUCAAUGAAACUACUUCCAAGGCUGGUGUGCGGUCGAUGCCUACGUUCUUCUACUUCAAGGAUGGCAAGUUCCAGCAGUCUCUCUCGUUUUCUGGUGCGGACGAAGACCUUCUGCGCACGAACGUAAAGCAGCUGAAUGACCUUUAG